AUGUGCAUGCCAAUCGGAAUUUUGAGAUGUGUAGUUUCCAUAGAGGCUUGGAUUGUAAUGAUUUGUGGAAUAGCAGCCUUUAUAUUCACAAUGAUUAUGUAAAUACAUUAUAGUUUAAUGCUUCAAGCAUAUGAGGGAGAAUCUUGGAUGCUGUUUGGGCAGGGAAUGCUUACUGCCUUCUGGUUGUUUUCAUCGUAUAUAAUAAUCAAUGGAGUAUGCGGGGUUGUUGGCGGUUAACACAAAAAACCAUGUUUGUUGUUAGUGUUCAAUGUUGGAAAUAUCAUAAUCAUUAUUGCCUUUAUUUUACUUAUGGUGAUAGGAUAUGUGUUGGCAGAUGAGACUCGCAAACUUACCGACCAAGAUUAUUAAUAAAAUGAAAAUACAUGUCUUGAUCACAGAUUUUAAUUAAAUACUUUGGAUUGGGAAAGCAAAGACCUUUUAUGUUCUAUCGAAUGCCCGUGUUACUAUACGUAAACGAAUGGAGCCUUAGCAAAAAACAAAACUAAAUGGGCAGAUGCUAAAGAUACUACAAAACCUACAAGAGUGUAAGACUGUGAAAUCUAUUAAAAAACCCAAAAUACAACAGUCAAAUAUUUUUCAAAUUACCUAGGAGAUAUCCAGAAAGAAACAGGAUGCACGGGAUGGUGUGUGCCAUAUUAAAUGCAAAUAUUUUAUGAUAUCAAUGCCAAGGUUGAUAAUGACUAGUUGUAUUGCCAGUAUGUUGUAAUUAGCAAAUUAACAGAGAUGGGACAAUUGAUGGGAGACAUAGCAGCCGGAGUCACUGCAGUAAUGCUUGUUUUAAUUACUCUAACCUGCUGUUUAUGUUUCCAUCCGGUUAAUAAAGAUCAGGAUUUCUAUAAGAAGAUGGCACAUUAUGAGAAUUGA